CCGGGCCGGGCAGGGAGCGGCGGAGCGCGGCGGCGGCGGCAGCAGGAUGAGGGAGGCGCGGUUCAGGGACCACUUCUGGAGCACGGAUCUGACCAGCACAGUUGGCUACGACAGCAUCAUUCAGCAUCUGAAUGAUGGCAGGAAGAACUGCAAAGAGUUUGAAGACUUCCUGAAGGAAAGGGCAAUUAUAGAAGAAAAGUAUGGCAAGGAGCUCAUUAACUUGUCAAAGAAGAAGCCCUGUGGGCAGACAGAGCUGAACACACUGAAGAGAUCCCUUGAUGUUUUCAAGCAACAGAUAGACAAUGUGGGACAAGGUCACAUCCAGCUGGCACAAACCCUUCGGGAGGAAGCAAAGAAGAUGGAGGACUUCAGGGAAAAGCAAAAGCUGCAUCGGAAAAAGAUCGAGCUGAUAAUGGAGGCGAUUCACAAAAACAGGAAUCUGCAGUACAAGAAGACCAUGGAGGCCAAGCGUCUGUACGAGCAGCGGUGCCGGGACAAGGAUGAGGCAGAGCAGGCUGUGCACCGCAACGCCAACCUGGUCACACAGAAGCAGCAGGAGAAGCUGUUCCUGAAGCUGGCUCAGACGAAAUCAGCACUGGAGGACACUGACAGGAGUUACCAGCAGAGUGUGACCACACUGGAGAAGAUCCGGGAAGAGUGGCAGAACGAGCACAUCAAAGCUUGUGAGUUCUUUGAGACUCAGGAGUGUGAGCGGAUCAACUAUUUCCGUAAUGCCCUCUGGCUCCACGUCAACCAGCUCUCCCUGGGCUGUGUCCAGAAUGAUGAGAAAUAUGAGGAAAUCCGCAAGAGUUUAGAAAUGUGCAGCAUUGAGAAGGAUGUUGAUUUUUUCGUAAAUUUACGCAAAACUGGAAGUUUGGCUCCAGCUCCUGUUGUUUAUGAAAACUACUAUAAUGCCCAGAGAAAUGUGACUCCAGUGAGAAGUCCAGCUCCUGUACCUAUAUCAAGGAGGGGACCCCUGCCCACCCCGACCAGCGCACCAGGGGAGCCUGAUUAUGCCACAGUUGAUGGCUACAGCUUGGUACAUUUCUAACAGUCACAGUUUUCCAGAAGGCAGAAGACACUGUUGGUCUGACCAGCAUGGCAGAGGUGGUGUUUCCAGUUAUUUCCAGACACACAGAGCUGAAGUUCUUCUGCUUUUAAAGAGAAUAUUUGAGGACUCCAGUAUUUAUUUUUACAUUCAGAAAGUGCUUACUAAAAUCUGUGCCUUUGAUCAGCAAACUCCUUGGAUGGAUCUUCACACUCAGAGGAAGAAAAGGACCAGAUCACCAGGGGUGAUCUGUGUCAGAAGAAGUUUUUUAUUUGAAGUUCUUCUAAAGUGCAGCCAUCUAGAAAGGCUGGAGCCUCCCACUCUGUAGAUAACUAAGAGGUUGUAUGUGCCGAGAGCAGUGCUGCAUGAUGCUUUGGGCACACUGGCUUGUGUUCAGGGUAUGUACAUCCCUCUCAGAUCUCAGGUUUUGUGUGUUCCUAAAGUCUUUUGCCUGUUUCUUAAGUCUUUCAUUAGUGGGGAUUAAACUUGUCAUUUAGAUCAAAUUUUACUCGUAUCUCUCAGAAAUCUUACUUAGAGGGGCACCAGCCGUUCCACUGCAUGUCUGGCUUAGCUGUAGGUGUGCUCCAGGCUUAAGCGCUGACACUCGAAGCUGAUUUGCAUCUACCCAGGGAGGGGCUGUACCACAUCCAACCUGCUGGGAGGUCCCAGGAAGGAUCUGAAGGAAUUAGUUCAACUCUUCCAACCACCUCUGCCAUGAGGUUCUUGUGAGCUUUUAGGUUCAUCAGGUUGUCCCUGGUAAGCUUUGGAGACUAGGGCUUGGAGCAACGUGGUCUAGUGGAAGGUGUCCCUGCCCAUAGCAGCAGGGAGUUGGAACUAGGUGGCCUUUAAGAUCCCUCCCAACCCAAACCGUCCUGGGAUUCUCUGAUUCCAUGAUUUAAUUAACUUCUGUGAUUCUCUAAACUUUGGACUUGUUCUGGCUAUGCACCACUGGAAACAAACUUACCUACUGCUGGAGCCGUGAAACUUGUUUUCUGAGCAGAUCUCCUGAAAGUUUCUGCCCUUGUUGGUACCAUAUAUAUAUAUAGAUAUGAUUAUGUCUUUGAUUCAGAAGCUUACGUGCUUCAGGGCUGCUGGUCUCUCUGAUGUCCCUGUGUGCAGUGCUGCUUCACUGCUCCUCACUGCCUUAUGACACUGCACACAGGGACACAGGACAUGGGGAUAAACACACAGUUUACUUGUCUAAACCUGGUGCCAGGUCACUAACCUGGAGCAACAGGAUUUGCUGUUUUUAUGAUGUUUUUCAAGUUGCAUCUGCAUGGCUUCAAUAUGUGCCUUAGCCCAUCAGUCCUAGGGUCUUUUACUGUAUUUAUUUGUGUGGGGAAGAUGACAGCGAGCUCUAAAAUCUGCCCUGCUGCCUCACAGUGAGUUGUGUGAAGUGCACUUGCCAAGCAAUUGACUAUCCUAUUUUAUUUCUGAAAGACCAAGGACACAAAUACUCUUCUGAAGGAGCCUGCUGUAGUCUUAGUUCUAUAAAUAUAUAUAUUAAAAAAUAAGUUUUGAGUCUUG